AUGCGAUUCCUAUUACCGGCACUGGUAUUCAUCAUCAUCGCACUGGUAGCUGGCGUUGAGUCCUCAGCUCUGACCUAUAAAGAGGUGGUCGUCGAGGAAUGGGAGACAUUUAAGGCCCGCCAUAGCAAGCAAUACACUGACAAGUCUGAGGAGAACUUUAGGCUAAAGGUAUUCAUGGAGAAUAAGCAACGGAUCGCCAAACAUAACAAACGGGCCGCCAAUGGACUCCAUGGCUUCACUCUGGCUAUGAACGAGUUCGGAGACCUACUGUCCCACGAGUUCGUGUCAGUUAUGAAUGGCUUCAAGAGGUCAUACAAACUGGACUCUUAUAACGGCUCCACAUACCUGUCCCCUAACAAC